AUGAUAUUUAUGAUUUUAUCCAUUAUCCUAUUUUUGUUAACAUAUGAAUGUAAAACAAUAAAGAAAUAUUUUUAUGUUAACAAUAAUAUUAAUUUAUUAAAAGAUAAGAAAAAAAACAUAACAUAUCGUUUAAGAAGAAAUAAAAGAAUAUAUGAAAAUGGAAAUGAUUUGUUUGAAUAUUUUAUUACAUUAAAAAAUGAAGAACUAGAAAUGCAUAAAGAAGAAAAAAAAAAAAAAAAUCCUCAUGCAGUUAGUUAUAUUCAAAAGUUACCAAAAAAAAAACAUUUAUUAAGAAGAUGGAAAUAUGAUUUAUUUGAAAAAAUAAAAGAAAAAAUGAAAUAUGAAGACGAAACCAAGAGAACAACUAAAUUAUGUAGACAUAAAUUCAAACUUCCCAUUGAUUUCUUCAAAUUAGGAGAUCAAGUUAGAGCAAAAGUUGUACAUGUACAAAACCAUUUAAUAAAAGUAGAUAUUAAUUUCAUACAAUUAGCUCAUUUAUAUAUUAAAAGAUAUUUUAAUGAAAAAGCAGAACUCAAAAAAAAAUAUGAAAUAGGAAAAUACAUAGAUGUUGUCAUUUGCUAUAUUCAUAAAAAAAAUAAUAUUAUACAAGUCACGGAUAAUGAAGAAGAAAUCAAAAUGUUGAAAUUCAACCUGAACAAGCUCAGGGACGUUGGAUAUUUGAAAACAAAUUAUCAACAUCAGAAAGGUGAGCAAAAAUAUGAUGAUAAAACAUAUGAUGAUAAAACAUAUGAUGAUAAAACAUAUGAUGAUAAAACAUAUGAUGAUAAAACAUAUGAUGAUAAAACAUAUGAUGAUAAAACAUAUGAUGAUAAAACAUAUGAUGAUAAAACAUAUGAUGAUGAUAAAACAUAUGAUGAUGAUAAUGAAUGUGAUGAUGAUAAUGAAUUUGAUGAUUAUUAUGAACAUGAUGAUUAUAAGGAUGAUGAAGAUAUUUCCAACAAUCUGACAAACACAUACCAACAACAACCUCAUGUUCCCAAUAUGACUUAUCAACAAAAUAUUUAUAAGCACAACAGAAAUGAAGAAAAUAUUGAUGAAAUUAAAGAAAAAUUAGGGCUACAAUUUCAACUUAAUAAAGAUUCUCAAGAUUUAAUGUAUAUCAAAGAAGAAAAUAAAAAGAAAAAAUUAAAAAAAAUUACAGACUUCAAAAUAGAAGAUGAAGUAAAUGGUACAGUAAAAUUUAUUAACGAAGAAGGUGCAUAUAUAGAUAUAGGAUGUAAAACACUAGCUUUUUUAAAUUUAGGUCAUUAUAAUAAAGACCCUAACAAUUUCUUAAACAAUCGAAAAAAGAAAAAAAUCGAAAUUAAUGAUUAUAUAAAAAAUUUGAAAAUAAGAAAAAUAGAUAUAUUAAACAACAGAAUUGAGGUAAGUGUAUAUGAUAUGCAAGGGGAAGCUUGUCUACGUAUUUUAAAUCAACAAGAGACAUUAAGAGAACAAAAUAAAUAUAUCCCAUGUUCUUCAUUUAUAACACAUAAUUAUCAUAUGAUCAAUUAUAUUAAAAAAUACAAUGAAUUAAAAAAAAAAAAAAAAAAUGUAUACAACUUAUUUGAAAAAAAUAAACAGCUAGAUGAAUUAAGAAAUGUAAAGGAUUUAAAAAAAGAAGAUUUUAAAUCAUUUAUAUUAAAAUAUAAUGAACUUAGUUCUCCCAACAGUAAUUAUCAAGAAAUGUUGGAGCACAAUGCUAACAAUGAACAGUUUUUAAAAGAGAUAGGAAAUGAUGUAACAAAUAAUGAGAAUAACCCAUUAAAUGUAGACUUUUUAAGAAAAAAAAAUAAAGAAUUAAAAAAUGAAAUACAAACAUUUAGAGAUAAUUUAUAUACGCACAUGAAUAAAAAUAAUAAUAAUAAUAAAAAUAAUAAUAAUAAUAAUAAUAAUAAGGAGAAGAACAAACAAUGUACACAUGAAACAUUUGAUAAUCAAUAUAUGAAUAAUGACAAAUGUUAUUAUGAUCAAGAUCAAAACGAAUACUCAAUUUCAGAAAGGUACACAUAUGAUCAACAAGACAAAUAUAAUACUGAUGAAGAAUCAAUAAACAAAAUGAAGGAAAAAUUAAAGUAUUAUGAUUCUCUUAAUAUAGAUAAUGAUAUGCAUAACAUAGAAGCAAAUGAACAAAACCAAUCAUCACUUUUAUAUCUUAAAAAGAAUAUACACAAAAUAAGACGUGAUGUCCUAGAGGAAUGUAAUCAAAACUCUGACUCGGAUUAUCGAAAAAAGAAAAAUUUUCAAAGGCAAAUUGAGAAGGAUCUACUCACUUUGAAGAAGUAUCAAAUGGAAGAUCAAAAUGGGGCGACUAAGUCGAGUGGACAUGAACAAAAUGAUAGACGGAAUUAUGAUGAUGAAAAAUGUGAUGAUGAAAAAUGUGAUGAUGAUGAUGAUAAAAGUUAUGAUGAUGAUGAUAAAAGUUAUGAUGAUGAUGAUAAAAGUUUUGAUGAUGAUGAUAAAAGUUAUGAUGAUGAUGAUGAUAAAAGUUAUGAUGAUGAUUAUGAUAAAAGUUAUGAUGAUGAUGAUGAUAAAAGUUAUGAUGAUGAUUAUGAUGAUGAAAAUUAUGACAAGAAAAAAAACCGUUCUCGUGAAAACAUGAAUGACUUUUUAAAUAGAAAUUCAGAAAAGGGUAAUUUGUUUAAUAAAAAUGAACAACUUGAAGAAGAAGAUAAACUUUAUGAUGAAGAACUUAAAAACAAAAUUUUUGAAAAUGAUCCCCUAGAUGAUGAUAAGAACGAUGAAGAUGAAAAAUCCUUUUUUAAUAUAAAAAAGGAUCUUAAUUAUAUAUUAAGUAAAAAUUUAAAUAUGAAUAUAUUGAAUGAUGAACAAAAAUGUAUUGAAGAGGCUUCGAAAUUAUUUGGUGAAGAUAUAAGUAAGUGGGAUGAAAAAAUGUAUUAUUAUUUUGGAAGUAAGGAUAACUUAUCCUUAGAUAAUGUAGAAAUAUAUGAUGACUAUGAAUUUAGAAAUAAAUUAUUAAAUAGAAAUGUAGAAAAUCAUUUUAGUGAAUUUGAUAAAAUAUUGAAUAUACAAAAUGACAAAAUGAUACAAGAUGAUCAGCAAUUUUUAAGUGCAAAAUAUGGGGAUAACACACAUAAAAAUGAUGACGAAGUAAUGCAUAAGAAGAAGAUAAGUAAUUAUAAUGAAGAAAUAAAUAAUAACCAUAUAAAUCAUCAUACAAACAAAUAUGAUAUCAUUGGUGAACAUAUAAAUGAUGAUUCAAACCAAUAUGAUAUCAAUGAUGAUGAUAUAAUAUACCACCAAGGAAACAAUAAGAAAAAUGUAAAAAAUAAAAAUAAUCAUAAUGAUAUUUUUGAGCAUGUUAAUUCUCCUGAAGAUAAUAAACUUAAGGAUACUUCCCUUAUUCAUCAACAAACAAAUAAUGCAACAAAAAUAAAUAUACACAUAAAUAAUGAAAAUAAUGAUAAUAAUGAUAAUAAUGAUAAUAAUUAUAAUUAUGAUGAUGAUGAUGAUAUCGAAAAUUAUUUAAAUACAUUUAUUAAUGAAGAAAAUGUUCAGGAACAUUCUGUAAAAUCACCUGAACAAGUCAGGCAAAAAACAAAUACACCAGAUAAAAAAGUGGGAAAUUUAAAAAGAGCAGAAUUAAAUGAAAAUAAUGAUAUGCAAAAUUAUGACAUGUUUGAGAAUAAUGUGAAAGAGUUAUUAUAUGAAGAUAAAAAAAAGAAAAAUGAAUUCGUUAAAGACAUAUAUACAAUUCUGAAUGAUAAAAUGCAUUCCAGUGAAAAUAUGAAUGUAGAUCAAAAUAAUAAUCAGCAACAUAUCGAUAAUAAUAAUUUAUUAUCUAAGGAAGACCAAAGCAAAUUAGAAGAAACAACCGAAAUUAAUAUUCAAAAUAUUAUAAAUAAGGCUAUAAAUAUUGGAAAUUUAUUUAAAAAAAAUGAAAUCGACAAAUUAUUAAAAAUGAAAAAAAAAUCGAACAGUGAUCGAAUGACUCCUCUAAAAGAUCCAACGAAUGGAAAUGUUUUGAAAAUAAAUAAAAUGAUAAAAGAAGAGGAACAAAAAAAACAAGAAGCAGUGGUAGAACAUAAUCAAAAUUAUCAAGAUAAUAAUCAUAUUGAUUCUUUUGAAAAAAGUUAUGUCAAGAAUGAAGAUGAUGAAAUGAAAGCGUAUAGGAAUGCCUCAUAUGAAAUACAAGGCUAUUAUAAAAGGAAAAGGAAAAUGAAAAACAUGGAUGAACUAAAAGACGUACAACCAGAAAAGGAGGAAGGGCUUGUUUUAAGUAACGACGAUAUAAUAAAUAAUAAACAUAAUAAUGACAAGAAUACCAAUUCAUAUGAAAAAGAAAUGGAUAAUAACAGUAAAUCAAAUAACGUAAAUAACUUUUUAAAUGUAGAUAUGAACAAAGAUAUGCUAUUUCUAUAUGGACAAAAGGAAAAAAUAGCAGAAGACAAAUUUCUAGAAAAGUUAUUAGAAAAAGAAAAACAUACGAAUAAAGCAGUCAGUAAAGAUAUUGACGUAUUAAUUCAAAGUUAUAAAUAUAUGAAUGAACAUCCUGAUAAUUUCAUAGAAUAUUUUUAUAAAAAAAAUGAACAAAAAACAUCCUCAUCUAAUAAUAAGAAAGAAAAAGAAUUUAUAGAUACAAAUGGAAAUAAUAAUGUGAAUGAUAUAAUUAAUGAUAACAAUUCUAUGAAUGAAUUUAACUAUAAUACUAAUAAUAAAGAACAUUAUUAUGAUAAUAUACCAACAUAUCAAGAAAGUAUACCUAAAGAUUUUAAUGAUUUCUCUAAUACAACCAUCGCAUUAAAAACGUGGUCCUUAAAAUUAGGACUAAUAAAAGAAAAACAUAUGCAUUUAAAUGAUCAAGAAUUAAUUAAUCAUUUUCUUAAAAGUGAAAAGUUUAAAAGAGCUUUAAAAUUUUAUAAUGUAAAUACAAAAUAUGUAACUAUACCUCUUAUUUAUAAAAUAACAAAAUUGUUAUAUUUUGAAAGGCCAUUUCCAAGUAAAGAAAAGUAUUAUAAGUUGAACAUGAAUUAA